CUCUGGCAUUUUGUGCAGCGGAGGAGGGAAGGAGCAGAGUGUUGAGGAGGAGACAGAGGGACCUGAGACAACACGUCCCACGCCACAGCAGCAGACAGCCGCGGAACUUUGAUUUGACGCCAAGUGUCGCGGAGGAGACCAUGACGGAGAAACACGCUGCUCCUGCUGCUCCUCCUGCUCCUCCUGCUCCUGCUAGGGAGGCUUAGACAUGUCGGGCGUGUGCACCAUAUGAUGUCCUUGGACUCUUCUGUGCUCCGUGAAGAUUUAUUCUCUGAUUUGCUCCGUGUGUCUGAUGGUGACGGACUGUGAGCGCAUUGUUUCCAGCUCCGUUUGCUUUAUGGGAUUUCCAGCCGUGAUGUCUGCAAUAUUCCGCUCUUUGUUUCUGGUUCUAUUCAGCCUGCUGUCAGUGGGAGCCCAGACUGAGAUGAAGAAGGUUGUCGGGGACAACGCCACCUUACCAUGCCACCACCAGUUCCCGUCGUCCGGCUCCCUCGACAUCGAGUGGCUCCUACAGAAACCAAACUCCAAACAGAAAGUGAUCAUCACCUUCUUCGGGGGUCAGGUGUACACCAACGAGGCGGGCAGCGAGGCCAGCCGCCUGUCGUUUGCGGGGGAGUACCUGGGGGGGGACGCCUCGCUGCUCAUCAGUGACCUGCUGCUCACUGACUCUGGAGAAUAUUACUGUAAGGUGAAGACUGGAGGGAAGUACCACUGGAGCCAGGUCAACCUCAUAGUACUGGUGAAGCCGUCCAAGCCGAGGUGCUGGAUGGACGGGAAGCUGCUGGAGGGCAGCGACGUCAAGCUCAGCUGUAAGUCCAGCGACGGCUCCGACCCCAUCAGCUACAAGUGGGAGCGUCUGCUGGACAAAGGGAAGAGCCUGGCCAAGCUGCCCAACCUGGCUCUGAUAGAUCUGAAGAAUCCAGAGCUGGUGACCCUGAGGAAUCUGACCAUGGACAGUACAGGAGUCUACAGGUGCACAGCCAGCAACGACGUGGGGGAAGAGAACUGCACCAUCGAGGUCACCAUGCAGCAAGUGAAGGAUUUCGGUAAGAUAGCAGGAGCAAUGGUGGGAAUCUCCCUCGGCGUCAUCAUCGUCAUCGUCAUCAUCUGGCUCGUCUUCAGGACAAAGGAGAAGAAGAAGUACGAGGAGGAGGAGACUCCGAACGAGAUCAGGGAGGAUGCGGAGGCCCCCAAGGCGAAGCUGGUGAAGCCCAACUCGUUGUCCUCGUCCCGCUCCGGCAGCUCCCGCUCCGGCGCCUCCUCCACCCAGUCCAUGGUGCAUAACAGCGCCCAGCGCGGCCACCGCCCUCGCCCUCCGGCCGUGGCGGCCCUGAAGGAGAAUGGGCAGCCUCCAGGUUUCCCCCAAUCCCCCCCCUCCUACACCUCGGUGGUGCCCAAGACCCCGGAGCCCCCCGCCACGCCCAAAUACACCUCCAGGAACACGUCUGGGCCCACACCGCCAACCCUCAUGGUCCCCGCCCAGACCAAGGCCUUUCAGACUGUGUAGGACUGA